AUGCGCAGGAUCCCGUCGAUGCAGUACGCGGAGACCCAUAGCGAGCUGACGACGGUGCAGCUGGUCGGCAUUAUAGUUGGCGGCGUUGCUGCUGCUGUGCUGCUGCCACGACUCGCUUGGCAACGCGAAUGCGCCGAAGGAGGCAACGGACCCCUUGACGUUCGUGUUCACCGACAUCGCAAUCAGCCGGUGGUGCGUCGCCACGGCGUCGGGCAUCGCCUCGGAACACGCGGACCACGGCGCCGUGCUGCUCUCGAAGUACGGCAGCUACGAGUUGAAGACGAUUGGCGACUUGUUCAUGAUAGCGUGUAA